AUGAAGGAUCAACCACAAAAUCAGCACUAUCUUCUUGUAAGUAUUGAGCUGGUGGUGUUUUCUCAGGGAAAAUUAGCGGAUGGAUUGGAAAUUGCUGUGAAGAGACUUUCUGAAAUGUCUCAUCAAGGAGCUGAGGAGUUCAAAAAUGAGGUUACAGUGACAGCAAAACUCCAACAUGUCAACCUGGUUAGACUUCUGGGGUUUUGCACUGAACAGGAAGAAAAGCUGCUGAUCUAUGAGUAUAUGCCACACAAAAGCUUGGCCAUCUACCUCCAUGGUGUGCCUCUUCCACUUAUAUGGCUUUGUGAACUAUGGAAAGAUGGGAAAGGCAUGGAGUUUGUGGAUCCACUGCUGGAUGAUUCAUCGUCGUCAUGUAAAAUCAUGCGAUGCAUGCAGGUGGCCUUGCUGUGA